AUGCUCCUCUCCGUGCCGCUCCUGCUCGGCCUCCUCGGCCUGGCCGCCGCGGAACCUGCCGUCUAUUUCAAAGAGCAGUUCUUGGACGGAGAUGACUGGACCAACCGCUGGGUCGAAUCCAAACACAAGUCCGAUUUUGGCAAAUUUGUCCUCAGUUCUGGCAAAUUCUACGGGGACCAGGAGAAGGAUAAAGGGCUGCAGACAAGCCAGGAUGCCCGAUUUUACGCGCUGUCCGCUAGAUUCGAACCCUUCAGCAACAAGGGCCAGACACUGGUGGUACAGUUCACGGUGAAGCAUGAGCAGAACAUCGACUGUGGGGGUGGCUAUGUGAAGCUGUUUCCGGGUAGUUUGGACCAGAAGGACAUGCAUGGAGACUCGGAAUACAACAUCAUGUUUGGUCCGGACAUCUGUGGUCCUGGCACCAAGAAGGUUCAUGUCAUCUUUAACUACAAGGGCAAGAAUGUGCUGAUCAACAAGGAUAUCCGGUGUAAGGAUGAUGAAUUCACACACCUGUACACGCUGAUUGUGCGGCCAGACAACACCUAUGAGGUGAAAAUUGACAACAGCCAGGUGGAGUCAGGCUCAUUGGAGGAUGAUUGGGACUUUCUGCCACCCAAGAAGAUAAAGGACCCUAAUGCUGCCAAGCCAGAAGACUGGGAUGAACGAGCCAAAAUUGAUGACCCCACAGAUUCUAAACCUGAGGACUGGGACAAGCCUGAGCACAUCCCUGACCCUGAUGCUAAGAAGCCUGAGGACUGGGAUGAAGAGAUGGAUGGGGAGUGGGAACCACCGGUAAUUCAGAAUCCUGAAUACAAGGGCGAGUGGAAGCCACGUCAGAUUGAUAACCCAGAUUACAAGGGUACCUGGAUACACCCGGAAAUUGACAACCCUGAAUACUCCCCAGAUGCCAACAUUUAUGCCUAUGACAGUUUUGCUGUACUGGGCUUAGAUCUCUGGCAGGUCAAGUCUGGCACAAUCUUUGACAACUUUCUCAUCACCAAUGAUGAAGCCUAUGCAGAGGAGUUUGGCAAUGAGACAUGGGGUGUCACCAAGGCUUCAGAAAAGCAGAUGAAGGACAAGCAGGAUGAGGAGCAGAGGCUGAAGGAAGAAGAAGAAGACAAGAAGCGUAAAGAGGAGGAAGAGGCUGAGGACAAAGAGGAUGAGGAUGACAGAGAUGAAGAUGAAGAAGAUGAGGAUGAGAAGGAGGAAGAUGAGGAGGAUACUACCCCUGGCCAGACCAAGGAUGAGCUGUAG